AUGGAGAAAGGACCCAAUGACGCGUUCUACGCCGGCAUAGCUCACACCCAGAACAAGGACGUCGCGCUCGAUGUAGAGCGGAUGCCCACCAAGGAUACUGAAUUCUCGGGCGAUAGAGAUGUUUUGCCGGACGGCCUGAUCGCGCCGACUGAGGAAGAGCUGGAAACGCUUCGUCAUGUGGCGGGGCAUGUGAACUGGAGCACUUACAUGAUCGCGGUUAUCGAGGCGGCGGAGCGAUUCAGUUACUACGGUAGCACAAUCGUCUUUGUCAACUUCAUUCAGCAACCUCGACCGGAGAACUCCAGCACGGGCGCUGGAGGCAAUGGUCAAUCUGGCGCCCUCGGGAAAGGCCAAAGGACUUCAACUGGUCUGACAACCUUACUUCAGUUCUGGGCCUACAUAACACCACUCUUUGGCGCAUAUGUAGCGGACACUUACUGGGGCCGCUUCAAGACCAUCGCUGUCUCCGUCGCCAUUGCUCUGGUUGGACACGUGGUCUUGAUCAUUAGUGCCAUACCGCCAGUCCUUGAGAAGCCCAAUGGCGCAUUGGGAGCUCUCGUCGUUGCGAUUUUGAUUAUGGGACUUGGGACGGGCGGCUUCAAGAGCAACAUCUCGCCUUUGAUCGCAGAGCAGCAACGGAGCCUCAAACCGUAUGUCAUGACUAAAGCCAACGGUGAAAGAGUCAUCGUAGAUCCUGCCUUGACGACGUCUCGCGUCUACAUGUACUUUUACUUUUUCAUCAAUGUUGGAUCGCUGAUAGGACAAGUAACUAUGGUAUUUGCGGAGAAAUUCGUCGGAUUCUGGCUUUCAUUUACCCUACCCACGAUUGUCUACCUCUGCUGUCCUCUCGUCCUCUACAUUGGACGCAAUCGCUACCGCCAUACCCCACCUACCGGCUCGGUACUCGGAAAUGCCCUUCGGCUCUGGAAGUUGGCAUCGAGAGGACGUUGGUCAGCCAACCCUGUGAAGACGUCAAAGCUUCUGAGGGCACCUGACUUUUGGGAGUCGGUCAAGCCCAGUAAUUUCAGCGUACAGGACCGCCCAAGCUGGAUGACCUUUGAUGAUGCCUGGGUCGACGAGGUCCGACGCGGUUUCAAGGCGUGCACAGUCUUCGUCUGGUACCCGCUAUACUGGCUCGCAUACAACCAGAUGGUCAACAACCUCACCUCUCAAGCCGCAACAAUGGAGCUUCAUGGCGCCCCCAACGAUGUCAUCAACAAUCUAGAUCCUCUGGCUCUGAUCUUGUUCAUCCCCGUAUUCGAUGCUUUCCUGUAUCCAUUCAUGCGCCGUGUCGGGAUAAACUUCUCCCCUCUUCGUCGUAUCACUGCCGGAUUCAUGGUAGGAUCUGCUGCAAUGAUUUGGGCUGCGGUGACACAGCACUACAUCUACAAGAUGAGUCCAUGCGGAUCCAGCGCCGGGACUUGCGACCAACCUGCACCCAUCAAUGUGUGGAGCCAGACUGGUGCAUACGUGCUUAUCGCUGCGUCUGAGAUCUUCGCAAGUAUCACUGGCCUCGAGUACGCCUUCACCAAGGCUCCCGCAAACAUGAGAAGUUUGGUUAUGGGUGUUUUCUUGUUCGCGCAAGCUGUCGCGGCCGCGAUCGGAGAGGCUUUCACGUCUCUAUCUACAGAUCCCCUUCUGGUCUGGAACUACUCGGUCAUGGCAGCACUCGCGGGCAUCGGCGGCAUCCUCUUUUGGGUGUCGUUCCGCAGUCUCGAUGCCGAGGAGAAGAGACUCAACGAGCUCCCGCAGGCGAAGUAUACUGCGGAUGAUUCGAGUCGCGAAUUCGAAUAA